CAAACCGGUAGCUGGAAGCGGCCUGGCAGGACGUUGAAUUUUAGGGAGGAAAUUUUUUUUUUUUACACAAAAAGCCGAAGCGCCUGAGUCAGGUCAUCGACGGGGGGGGUAAAGAGGAGAGAAGGUAGAUUUGGAGUGCGGACUUUCCGAACCGUAGCCGGAUCACACAGUAUUUGAAACGAAAAACACGUCGAGACAUCCAUACGCCAGGAUGAGCUCGGGAAGGGACAACGUGCGGCUGAAGAGCUACAAGAACAAGUCCCUGAACCCCGAGGAGAUGAGGAGGAGGAGGGAGGAGGAAGGCCUGCAGCUCCGGAAACAGAAGAAAGACGAACAGCUGUUCAAGCGGCGGAACGUGGCGACGGCGGAGGACGGCACACUGGAGGAUGAUGGGAUGUCAGACAGCGGGUACCUGGAGUCGCACGCCAACACCACGGACAUGAUGUCGAAAGGUGUUAUCACGGAAGACAUGAUCCAGAUGAUAUUUUCCAGCGCCCCCGAGCAGCAGCUGAUGGGAACCCAGCGGUUCAGGAAGCUGUUGUCCAAAGAGCCUAACCCCCCAAUCGACGAGGUGAUCGCCACGCCGGGGGUGGUGGAGCAGUUCGUGGAGUUCCUCAAGAGGAGAGAGAACUGCACGCUGCAGUUCGAGGCGGCGUGGGUGCUGACGAACAUCGCCUCCGGGACGUCCCACCAGACGCGGGUGGUGAUCCAGGCAGGAGCCGUGCCCAUCUUCAUCGACAUGCUCAGCUCCGACUUCGAGGACGUGCAGGAGCAGGCUGUCUGGGCUUUAGGGAACAUCGCGGGGGACAGCACCGUGUGCAGAGACUAUGUGCUGGACUGCAACAUCCUGCCAUCGCUGAUCCAGCUGCUGGCCAAGCAGAACAGGCUGACGAUGAUGAGGAACGCGGUGUGGGCGCUCUCCAACCUCUGCCGAGGAAAGAACCCGCCUCCUGAUUUCACAAAGGUGUCCCCCUGUCUCAGCGUGCUGUCCUGGCUGCUGUUCGUCAACGACACCGACGUCCUUGCCGAUGCCUGCUGGGCCUUGUCCUACCUCUCCGACGGGCCCAACGACAAAAUCCAGGCCGUCAUCGACGCCAGCGUCUGCAGGAGGCUGGUCGAGCUCUUGAUGCACAGCGAUUACAAGGUGGUGUCGCCGGCACUGCGGGCUGUGGGCAACAUCGUGACCGGAGACGAUGUGCAGACACAGGUGAUUCUGAACUGCUCAGCCCUGCAGAGCUUGUUGCAUUUGCUGAGCAGCCCCAAGGAGUCCAUCAAGAAGGAGGCCUGCUGGACAAUAUCCAACAUCACAGCAGGAAACCGGGCACAGAUUCAGAUGGUCAUCGAUGCCAACAUACUGCCCGCCCUGAUCAACAUCCUGCAAGUGGCCGAAUUCAGAACGAGAAAGGAAGCAGCAUGGGCGAUUACCAACGCCACAUCUGGGGGCUCUGCGGAACAGAUGAGGUACCUGGUGGAGAUGGGGUGUAUCAAGCCGCUCUGUGACCUGCUGACUCUGAUGGACUCGAAGAUCGUGCAGGUGGCCCUGAACGGGCUGGAAAACAUCCUGCGGCUGGGCGAGCAGGAGGCCAAGAGGAACGGCUCUGGGGUCAACCCCUAUUGCGCUCUGAUCGAGGAGGCAUACGGCCUGGACAAGAUUGAGUUCCUGCAGGGCCAUGAGAACCAGGAGAUCUACCAGAAGGCCUUUGACCUGAUCGAGCACUACUUCAGUCCGGAGGAUGAGGACCCCAGUAUAGCCCCCAACGUGGAUCUGCAGCAGCAGCAGUACAUCUUCCAGCAGUGCGAGGCGCCCAUGGAGGGUUUUCAGCUAUAAUCCUCCCCCUGCCCCUCUCCUCUUCUCUCUUCUCCUCUCUUCCUUCUAGCUCCAAGCAGCCCUUGGCGGGAGAGGCCGCGCCGAAAGAGGUGUUUUCUUCCUUCAGGAUGAAUUAUUUGAGAAUUGUAAUGAAGACCAUCAAUAAUAGGAACAAAUGUUGCCAGUUGGGUCAUCCCAUGCAGUCCUCUUCAUCCAGUCUUAAGGAUUAUGUUUCGUUUCAAUGCACCAGGUAAAACAAAAAAUUGCCUGAAAAAGACCUUAGCUUCUGCUGCAGCACGUGCACUGAAUGCUGUCGACUCGCGGACUGUGAAAUGCCCUGACCGAUCUGUGGAACCUACAGCGUGAAGGAUCACGCAGCCCUGCGGUUUUGCCUUCUUGGCUCAGGUGAGGUUCGGCGCCACAGAGGCUGGAGGCGAGGUUUGUCUUCAAAAGCUGGGUUUGCCCAGUCGCAAGUUUUUCCUAAAGUCACUUGAACUAAACACUGGACUCAAUUGCUCUGUGCAAGCGGGACGCUGUCCAAGGACCUUGCUUUUAAAUUCAAGACUGACAAUGGCCACUGACUUCACUGUAGCAACAGUGACACCAGGUACAGCUGACAUACCUGAACACGGAGCUGCUCCUGUACAACUCCCACGUGUCCCUGGAGGACUUUAAAUGAAGGUUACUGGUAUUCCUACCACGGCUUUCAAAGAAAUGGACUGAGUGUGGAAAACCCUGACAGAAAAUAACGUUUCUUUCCUCCUUUCUGUGGAAUGUGCCUCAUAAACAAUCACACACGAACUGCUCUCAUCUGGUCUUGGAAUACAACACACUAAACUGAAAGACUGACCACAGAGACCUUCAUUGUUAACUUUGCACGGCUCAGAGAAAUUAUUACAGUGGCCUCGUGCGGGCUAUUUAUUUGGAUAGCAGUUCCCAUCCUAACUUUUUUUUUUUUGCAUUGCAAUAGUAGCUUUGUUUUUUGGGGUUGACAGUUUCCAAACUCCUCCGCUGGGAAACACUUGACAGUCUCAAUUGUCUCCACCAUUUUGCCAAAAAUCCAGCUCAGUCCCUUUGGGCGAUCCGGCUCCUUGUUUGAUAUCGUUGAACGAGAGGACUCGCAGGGUGCGUUGGUCCGACUGCAGCCCCCCCGCGCUGGAUGCUGGGACACGUGCUCAGGGGGGCCCGUGCCACCUGAGCACCCGAGCCGAACCAGUCCUGGAUCCUGGAAAGCCUCCGGGCCAGGUGGAGCCGCCGCUUCCCCUUCCAGCGAAAUCGAGAGACAUAGCGACGCUUUUCUUUCUUUCUGCCUCGCGUUUCAAUGAAGCUUGGAGUACCACAGUGGAGGUACAAGAAGAAAAUAACCUGACUGGGGGGGGGGAGCCAUCAGCAAUUUCUUUUAGGUUUCUUGUUUUUUUUUUAAAUUUCCCAUCGGCAUCUUUUAAAGAGAUGGUGAAACACACACCGCACCUUACAACAUUAUACUUGAUCCACGUUAUUUUACAGCUUUCGGCUGCCUCUUGAUUUGGGGGGAAAAAAAAAACAGUUCCGAAUCGAAUGAAUGGUCAGAUCUGUGAAUUAGAAGAGCUGGAAUAUGGCGCAGACUUGUUUUACAUUUUGCACAUAAAGGCUGUCUCAUUCCCUGCUACAGUGUCUUAGGGGCUGCCAGAGUGCCAGAUGACGUCCUCUAGUAAUUGCCACUCGGCGAUGAUUACUCGAAGGGUGAGCUGCAAGAGCUUGUCGGUUUCAGCAGUAUGGAUCUUCAUGGUAAUAGUCCUGGCUGCAGAAGACGCUAGUAUGCUUCAUGUAGCAUUUCAGAUGAGUAGGCACCACAGGGUUAAUUGACUAAAUCCAGUCAUUGUGUAAUGCCAUCAGCAUUGAUUCUUCACCGGUUCUAUUGGUAGAGGCCAUUUGCUACAAAAGGUCAUAUACAUAUUCAGUUUGGCAAGGUUUAUUUUGGAAUGAAACGUGAAAAAGACCACUUGACGAAUCUGAAAAAUGUUUUACUAUAUAGUGCACUUUUUUUUCUGGCUCAAGACUAUGUACACAUGUAUAUGUAUAUUCCUUUCAAUAUAAUAUGCAAUCUUGGCAGUCUGUGCAAAUAGUUGUACUCUACCUGUUUUAUAUUAAUUUGAUAAAGGAGAAAGAUUAAUAGUACAAUAUACAGUAAAUGUACUUGCCUUGGGACUCCUCAGCAUGUGAUGCUGAAGCCUUGUAACUUGUGCCACUGUGCUUCUCUCGUAUGAAGCCCACAGCUAUGGUUUUAUUUAACACUGCACCAUGCUCAUGAGAAGUCAAGGAAUGUUUUUUUUUUUGGUUAAAGGCCACUAUCAGUGUUUUAUGUGUUGCAAAUUAUUAUCCACACAACUACACACUCUUUGAAAACCAGGAGGAAAACUUAGAGCAAUGUUUUCAAGUCAGGAAAGCUGACUGGACCCAGGUCAACCAGACCGCUUAGGCUUCAAAAUUAAAACGCGCUCAAUGGAAAAUGUUUUCUUAAUCAUUACUUGACACUUUUAAAAUAAAAACAUAAUUAUACAAAAGAAAUAUGGCCUUUUGAAUAUUUUGUAUUCACACUUUAAUUUCAUUGCUCUUAUUUUGCCCUCUUUAGAUUGAUAAAUAGACCCGAUUUGCACAGAAGGUUUGCAGUAAGUCAGCACUGAGGAUGGGCUGUUCUGACCAUCUGAUCUGCGGAGUCUGUGGUCGAAAAGCAAAUAAACCAUGCAUGUAAUUCUGCUUAAGUGGUUUCAGCGAGAGGCCAGUCCUGCCUCAAAGUGUCUGGUUGGUCUGGGGUCUGCUGGCAGCGCUACUUCGCACCCAGACUAAAAUGAAAUCGGACAAUCUAGCGCGGACCUCCACUGGAACAGCUCCCGAAACCAGGCUGCUCCUGAGAAACGCGUUUUGAAAGAAUCGAUGGGCCGAUGAUUCCGCCAUGCUGCAUAGGGUCUUGUUUUCAGUCUUGACUGUUUGAUAUUUCAGAAUGUGGUACAGUUUGUGCGAAUCAUCCCACAUCCUCACUUUUGCAGUAGAACAAAGAUUUUGACUGCACAAGACCACAGAAAUCGUGCUUCAGUGGGGCACAGCCCUUCCUAUGGGUACUUUAUGAUAACGAGAUAGGUUACGGUAUCUCAUACCUUUUCACCUGCAAUAGUUUAUUUGGAAAAGGGAUUUGUUUGUAUCUAAAACAGUGUACACAUGCACAAAAGUAUAUUUGUAAAGUCAUUAGAAACAUUUUAAAGUCUUUAUUAAUUUUAUAAGGGAAAAAAAAAACAUCAAAGGCUUCUCCUUUCCAGUAUUUUUGUAAUAGUUUUUGUUUAAAGACGUCAAAGGGAAGCCCACAAACCACAAAGGAUGCGAAGCAGAAAGAACAUUACUUGUCAGAAAUGUUUUAUUGGAAAAAUAUUUGACAGAAAAUGAGGCCAGAUAUGCGUUUCUCGUAAAACCGUUUUCUUUGCUUUAUUUGUCUGGACUGAAGGUGCCGCAUUGCAUUACAAAAACUAAGAGAAACCAUAGCUGGCUCAGACCUGAAAUAGUUUUAAUGGCUAAUAAUAAGCUAUGAAUUUGUUUACCAAGUUAAUUUAAUUUUCUGUUGGAUUCUUCCAGAGAGAUUGACCAAUAU